CGGCUCGCCGAGCUGGCUGCGUGUGGCUCUCUUUUACAAGACAGCUUUGCGCGACGGUGGAUCGAGAGCAGCGCUGGCGUGCAUGCGGUGUGUCGGUGCGGUGCGUUGGCGCAUGUUCCUUCACUCAUGCGCUGGCGCUGGUGCUGGCCCUCCUUGCUGUCGCCUGCGCAGAGCUGCGCAGCUUUGGGUUGGUGCUAGGGCUUGACUUCUAGCGGCAUGCCCUCUUCAGUGGAACUGUUCUUUGAUGUGGACGAGAUUGUGUCAGGACUAGACAAGGCCCCUUCAAUACUCUCGCAGCAGUUUUUGCCCAAGCAAAAGGGUGUCGAAAUACACAACCCUUUCACGCACCCCCCCGAGACAUGAGCCUGGAUCGCCUGGAUGCCAAGACUGCGGGACUCCUUCAGUACCUGCUGCUCAGCCGCAGUCACAAGUUUCAGAGGGUCCAGGUUGUGGCAGUUAGUAUCGGCGUCGGUGACACCGUUUGCGCCUUGCAUUGCUCGUGCUUUGCAGCGUGCAAGCACCGCCUCUAUAGCCUCUUGGAAUGUCCACAAUAAGAUUGUGGAGGUUGCGCUGCUGAGGAAGCGCAGGACCAUCGAUGUCGCCAGCGCAUCUACCUUUGAUUGCUUGGGCCUGGAGUUGUCGAGCCAGGCCUUUGGUGAAGACAUUCUGAAGGAGAGAAGGUUGCGUUUGAUGACCAAGGAUGCCAACGCGCAUGCCAACGCGCAUGCCAACGCGCAUGCCAACGUGGAUGCAGUGGGCUCCAUGGCGAGCCAGGUUCUCUUCGACUCCCUCGCGCUUGACGGGACCAGCUUCCAGCGGCGAAAGGCCCCGAGGGCCAAGAUCUCCGACCCCGCGGCCUGGGCGGGGGCGCCAGGGGCGCCAGGCGCUGGCUUGCAACGACGCCUCCAACGCUCGCGUUGCAAGGCCACCAUGUCUAGCGGUUCCACCAGCGAGG